AUGGACGUGGAUCCCUCUAAGGGGUUAAGGAAACCGGAACACACUUCCUGUCCCUUAUGGGUGAAAUUACAUAAUAUUCCGUUGGUUGCUUUUAACAAGGAGGGUGUUAGUCGCAUUGCAAGUGUUUUGGGAGUACCGAAACAGAUGGAUGCUUGUACUGCAUCCAUGUGUGAAAAAGCUUGGGGACGGCCGGGGUUUGCUAAGGUCUUAGUUGAGGUUUGGUCAGUGGGUGAGUUGAAAAGGUAUAUUGAUGUUGAAAUUCCGAAUCUCAAUGGUGGUGAUGCCGAACUAGUGAAAAUACAAGUUGAAUACAUUUGGGAACCGAUCCAAUGUUCACAUUGUCAGGUUUUUGGUCAUAAAAUUUCUACUUGUGUUAAAGCUCCAAGUAUGAAAAAAGGUAAGCAAGUUGAUGGGAGGAAAGACGCUGAUGGAUUUAUCAGAGAGGAGAAAAAGCAUUGGGGACCGAAAAUUGGGAAUAAGGCCAAAGGUAAAGAACCUGAGAUCGCCACAAAUCUGGUUCGUCCGGUGGAUGUGGGAGCAAGCACCUCAAAUGUGGGUCAGUUGGAAAUAAAAAAUAAUGGGACUAAUGACGUUGCUCCAUCAAGUGCGAUUAUGAAGAAUACUUCAAAAGACACAGGUAAUGUUGGUUCUGGGUCUUCUUCUUCUCAUUCCAUAAACUCUUCGUCCCAUCCUCGAUCUACUCCCACCCCUCUUAUUGAUUCUGUGGUCAAAAACUUUCGGAUGCCAAGAAGGGGGGUUUUGUUAGACCCUGUGGUAGGCCCCAACAAAUAUGGAGUUCUGGAGCAGUUAGAUGAAGAGGAAAAUCUUGUUGAUCACCAAGUAAUUAUGGAUAAAGAUCCUGUUGCGAACACUUUGAAUAUGAACAGGAGGGAGCAAGGUUUGUGUGCAAUUAUUGAGUCUCAUGUGUCUAAGGACUCUCUUGAAAGUGUGUGUGCCAAGCUUUUUGGUCGGUGGGCUUGGAUCUCUAAUCAAACUGUGAGUGUGUCGGGUACACGUAUCAUCCUUGCUUGGAAUUCCCGUAGUUUAGAUGUAAUGGCUAUGGAGGUUCAGAAUCAAUUCCUGAAGUGUAAAGUUUUUUUAAGAGGUGGUCAAGAUGUUUUCUUUCUGUCUCUGGUCUAUGGUGCUAAUGCAUGUACUCCUCGUAGAGAAUUGUGGUCGGGGUUAAGGAAAUUUAAAGUCUUGAUUGGUUCCAAUCCAUGGAUAGUAAUGGGAGAUUUCAACUCCAUGUUGUUUCCGCAUGAUGGGUUUGGAGGGUCUUCUCGCCGUAAUAUUGAUAUGUCUGAUUUUUUUGCGUGUGUGGAGGAUGUAGAAAUUUUUGAUAUGCAAUAUACUGGUGUUCAUUUCUCUUGGAAUCAAAAACCGAAUUCUGAAGGGGGAAUCAUGCGAAAACUUGAUAGGGCUAUGGCUAAUGCGGAAUUCACUUCUAAAUACCAUGAUGCAACUGUUCAUUUCCAUCCUGCCGGUCUUUCGGAUCAUUCACCGGUGGUUCUUUCUUUUAAAGGCGGUUUACGGAAAACGAGGUAUGGGUUUAAAUUUGAUAAUUUAAUGGCUGAACACCCGGAUUUCUUGAAGAUUGUUAAGGCGGAAUGGUCUAAUUAUGUUGAGGGGACUUUUAUGUUUAAGGUCACUUCCCAUUUAAAGGCUCUAAAGGUCCCGCUUCGUAGGCUUCAGAAUAUUUUUGGUAAUCUUGGCAAGAGGGUUUCUUUUCUAAAAAUUGAGUUAGACCGUGUUCAACUGGAUUUUGAUAACAAUCCCUGUAAUGCUGAGUUGGGGUUGGAACUUGGUCAUCUUCGUAUUGCUUACCAAAAUGCUUGCUGGGAUGCGGAGUGUGCUGCUAAGCAACGGGCAAAAGUUAAGUGGUUGAAUGAGGGGGAUUUGAAUACAAAAUUCUUCCAUCAUGUGAUUAAAGAACGGCACCAUUCCAACUCCAUUCAAUCGGUAUGCACUAGUACUGGUGAAUUUGUUCAUGGUGAUGAUGUUCCUAAUAUUUUUGUUGAAUAUUUUCGUGAUUUUCUUGGCCUUCGUAUUGGUAAUCAUAAAGCUCCUGGAUCGGAUGGAUUUACUUCGCGGUUUUUUAAAGCUUCUUGGGAUGUUGUUGGGCGUGAUGUGGAGAUUGCAAUUCACAAUUUCUUUUAUCGAGGUAACCUCCCAAAGGAAUUAAAUCAUACGCUUCUUUGUCUUAUUCCUAAAACUGUGAAUGCUUCUAAGGUUACUGAUUACCGUCCUAUAGCUUGCUGCAAUGUACUUUAUAAAUGCAUUAGUAAAGUCAUUGUAAAUAGAAUGAAGGAUUCCUUGGAUUCUCUGAUAGAUAAGGCCCAAUCGGCCUUUAUCCCGGGUAGGAAGAUUUCGGAUAAUAUUCUUAUGGCUCAUGAGCUUGUUUCUGGGUAUCAGACUUCGGUAGGUCCCCCUCGAUGUGCUUUCAAGAUUGAUAUUAAAAAAGCCUAUGAUAUGGUUGAUUGGAGGUUUCUCAUUGUAAUGAUGCAUGGCUUAGGGUUUCACCCUGUUCUGAUUAAAUGGAUUAGGGAAAUGAUGUCCACUACUUCCUACUCGCUUGCAAUUAAUGGUGAAUCUUAUGGUUUUUUUCAUGGUGGAAGGGGUCUUCGGCAAGGUGAUCCGUUAUCACCAUAUUUAUUUACGAUUAUUAAGGAGGGUUUUUCUAUGCUCCUUAAGACUUGUAUCAGGGAGGCUUCUGCUUUUGGAUACCAUCGUGGUUGUGAGGAGCUGGAUAUCACUCAUCUUUGUUUUGCAGAUGAUUUAUUUGUGUUUACUAAAGGUGAUGUUCAUUCGGUGGAGGUUCUUAAAAAAGCUCUCUCUCUCUUUCAUCAGCGUUCAGGUUUGGAGCCAAGUCUUGAAAAGAGCGAAAUUUAUUUUGGCAAUGUGCCCCUUCAUAUUAGGGAGGCCAUUCUGGUUUGCCUCCCUUUUAAACUUGGCUCUUUUCCUGUUCGUUAUCUGGGAGUGCCACUUUCUCAUGCUCGUUUGAAAAUUAGUUACUAUAGACCUUUGCUUGCUAAGGUUAAAAGUCGUAUUUUUAAUUGGAAGACUAAGUUUCUCUUGUUCGGUGUACAUAGGCAACUUAUUAUAGCGGUCUUACAAUCGCUUCAAUUGCAUUGGCUGUCUGUUUUCCUUUUUCCGUCGGGUGUCAUUAUUGAAUCGAUCUUCCGGAAAUUUUUUUGGGCUCCAAGGGAUGAUCCACGUGGGCGGUGUAGAUUAUCGUGGGAUGUGGUGUGUCGUCCUCUGGAAUUGGGGGGUCUUGGUAUUAAACGGUUGGCGACUUGGAACAGGGCUUUACUUGCUAAACAUGUUUGGGAUAUUGUUCGCCAUCAUAAUUCUUUGUGGGUUCGGUGGAUUUAUAGUCAUACUCUUAGAACCAACCACUUCUGGUUGGUUCGGAAAAGUUCUAAUUGGUCAUGGGUUUUCCGUAAACUUUUAGACAUUAGGAUUCAUGUGCGACAGUAUUUUGUGUCUCAAAUUGGUGAUGGUACGGAUACUAAUGCUUGGGAGGAUUCUUGGCUUCCUUGUGGUCCUCUUUCGGCUUUUAUGUCUUAUCGGUUUAUCUAUUCUUGUGGGUUUUCUCCUGCUACUACGGAACGGAAUAGAAGACUUUUUACUGGGGAUCGUCGGAACAUCGAGCAGAUUAUUCAAGCCAUUGUUCAGAAUGUUGAAAUUCGUGUGGCUUGGUUGGAGAAACGGUUAUUGGGCAAUACUGGUUGA